AUGACCCGGCGGAAGCUCUGCUGGGUGCCCGGCUCCUCGGGCGGCGGCGUCGUGAACCUCGGCUUCGAUGUGGGCGACGGCGCGGUCUCGGGCCUCAGCUACAGAACGUACACCCCUGAGGACGGCCCCGGGAGCCCGCAUGCCCGGGAGCCGGAGCCGCCGGGGAGCACGGCCGCCCCGCCCCCGGGGAAGCGGGACGCCUGGAGGGUGCUGCUGCCCUUCCGCCCCAGGCCCGCGCGCCCGUCCCCGCAGCCGCUGGACGACGCCGGCCUGUUCUCCUACCUGACGGUGUCCUGGCUCAGCCCCCUCCUCCUGGGCCGAGGGGGCCGGCAGCGCCUGGACGAGAGCACCAUCCCGCCGCUGUCCACGCAGGACGCCUCCGACCGGAACGCCAGCAGGCUCCGCCGGCUGUGGGAAGAGGAAGUGUCCAGGCGGGGGCUGGCCAAGGCGUCCAUGCUCCGCGUGAUCCUGCGGUUCCAGAGGACCCGGGCCCUGGUGGACGCGCUCCUGGGCGGCUCCUUCGCCCUCAUGAGCGUGCUGGGGCCGGUGCUGAUCAUCCCCAGGAUCCUGGAGUGCGCCCAGGAGCGGGGGGGCAGCGUGGCCCAGGGCGUGGGGCUGAGCCUCGCCCUCUUCCUGAGCGAGUGCCUCAAGUCCCUGAGCCUGUGCGCCUGCUGGAUCGUCAACCAGCGCUCCGGCGUCCGCUGCCGCGCGGCCGUCUCCGCCCUGGCCUUCGAGAAGCUGCUGCAGUUCAAGUCCCUGACGCACAUCUCCUCGGGCGAGGCCAUCAGCUUCUUCACCAGCGACGUCAACUACCUGUUCGAAGGCGUGUACUACGUCCCCCUCCUCUUCCUCAGCGGCUUCUCGCUGCUGUUCUGCACCAUCAGCUCCUACCUCACGCUCGGACCCACCGCGCUCAUCUCCACGGCCUCCUACCUCCUGGUCUUGCUGCUGAUGGCACUGCUGACGAUCGUGAUUGUGAAGGAACAGAAGCACACCUCCGAGGUCAGCGACCAGCGCAUCCGGGUGACCAGCGAGGUCCUCACCUGCAUUAAGCUGAUUAAAAUGUACACGUGGGAGAAGCCGUUCACAAACAUAAUCAAAGGCCUGAGGAGGAAGGAGAGGAAGCUGAUGGAGAAGAGCGGGCUUAUCCAGAGCCUGAACACCAUCCUGCUGUUCGUGGCCCCCAUCCUGUCCACGCUGGUGAUGUUCCUCACCCACGUGGGCCUGCAGCUGGAGCUCAAAGCGUCCACGGCCUUCACGGUCCUGGCCAUCUGGAACUCCAUGCGGCUGGUGGUGUUCUUCCUGCCCUUCUCGGUCAAAGGCCUCCGGGAGUCCCAGUCUGCUGCCGAGAGGUUCAAGCGGUUCUUCCUGCAGGAGAGCCCCGUGCUGUACGUCCAGGCAGGGACCGACCCCAACAAGGCGCUGGUGCUGGAGAAGGCCACGCUGUCCUGGCAGAGGGCCCGCCCCGGGCUGGCCAACGGGGCCGCGGAGCCAGAGAGCAACGGACAUGCUCCCGACGGGACGCCCCCGCCAGGCGGCCUGGGACCCACGGGCACGGGGGACAGCCCGGCCCCCACGUUGCACAGGAUCCACCUGGAGGUGGCAAAGGGCACCCUGCUGGGCGUGUGCGGCGGCACCGGGAGCGGCAAGAGCAGCCUGCUGUCGGCCUUCCUGGGGGAGAUGCACCUGCUGGAGGGCGCGGUGGGCGUGCGGGGCAGCCUGGCCUACGUGCCGCAGCAGGCCUGGCUGGUCUCGGGCAGCGUCCGGGACAACAUCCUCAUGGGGAGCCAGUGGGACCAGGCGCGGUACCUCCAGGUGCUCCACUGCUGCUCCCUCACCCGCGACCUGCAGAUCCUGCCCUUCGGGGACUCCACGGAGAUCGGGGAGCGGGGCCUCAACCUCUCGGGCGGGCAGAGGCAGAGGAUCAGCCUGGCCCGCGCCGUCUACUCGGACCGCGAGACCUACCUGCUGGACGACCCGCUGUCGGCCGUGGACGCCCACGUGGGGCGGCACAUCUUCCAGGAGUGCAUCCGGAAGGCGCUGCGGGGCAAGACGGUGGUGCUGGUGACGCACCAGCUGCAGUGCCUGCAGUUCUGCGACCAGGUGGUGCUGCUGGCGAACGGGAAGAUCUGCGAGCAGGGGCCGCACCGGGAGCUGAUGCAGAGGGGGGGGCCGUACGCCCGCCUCAUCCAGACCAUGCACGGGGAGGCCGCCCAGGACACGCUGCAGGCGGCCCCGGAGCCUCCGGGCGGCCCGGCCCAGCACCCCGUCCCGGAGGAGCCCCCUGGGGACAGCGCAGGGCUGCAGAACCAGCUCACCCAGCAGGAGAAGAUGGAGCAGGGGUCCCCCACAUGGCGUGUCUACCACCACUACAUCCAGGGGGCCGGAGGGUAUGCGGUGGCCGUGGCCGUGCUCCUGCUCAUGGUGCUGUUCACCUUCCUGUCCGCCUUCUACUUCUGGUGGCUGAGCUACUGGCUGGAGCAGGGCUCCGGGACCAACAGCAGCCACGAGAGCAACAGAAGCACCUCGGACCCGGGCAACAUCCUGGACAACCCGCGCCUGUCCUUCUACGAGACGGUGCUGGGCCUCAGCACGCUGGCCCUGACCUGCGUGGGGGUCUGCUCCUCGGUGGCCUUCACCCGGGCCACCAGGAAGGCGUCCACCGCGCUGCACAACAGCCUCUUCAGCAAGGUCUCCCUCUGCCCCAUGAGCUUCUUCGACACGACGCCCACGGGCCGGCUGCUCAACUGCUUCGCGGGGGACCUGGACCAGCUGGACCAGCAGCUGCCCAUCGUGGCCGAGGAGUUCCUGCUGCUGCUGCUGCUGGUGCUCAUCAACAUGGUCAUCGUCAGCGUGCUGUCGCCCUACAUCCUGGCCAUCGGCGCCGUCCUGUUCGCCGGCUGCAUCCUCUUCUACGUGAAGGUGAAGUGGGCCUUGACCGUGUUCAAGAGGCUGGAGAGCUACAGCCGCUCCCCGGUCUUCUCCCACAUCCUCACCGCGCUGCGCGGCCUCAGCUCCAUCCACGUCUACGGGAAGGCCGAGGACUUUGUACGCCAGUUUAACAGGCUGAACGACAAGCAGAUCAACUACCAGCUGAUGUACCUGUCCUCCACGCGCUGGGUGUCCCUGCGGAUGGAGCUCCUGGUCAACCUGGUGACCUUGGCCGUGGCCUUGUUCAUAGCCCUCGGGGCGUCCUCGGCCCCCCACUCCUACCAAGCCCUGACCAUCAGCCUCAUCCUGCAGCUGGCGUCCACCUUCCAGGCCAUGGUGCGCAUGGGCUCGGAGACGGAAGCCUACUUCACAGCGGCGGAGCGGCUGCUGCAGUACCAGAAGCUGUGCGUCCCGGAGGCUCCGCGGCAGGGGCCGUCCGGGAGGGGCGCGGGCCGCCCGGCCGUGUGGCCGCAGCACGGGGAGCUGUGCUUCCAGGACUACCAGAUGCGCUACCGCUACAACACGCCCGUCGUCCUCAAGGGCAUCAGCCUGACCGUCCGUGGCCAGGAGGUGGUGGGCAUCGUGGGCCGUACCGGCUCCGGGAAGUCCUCCUUGGGGAUGGCGCUCUUUCGCCUGGCGGAGCCCACGGCGGGCUGCAUCCUCAUCGACGGUGUGGACAUCAGCAGCGUCAGCCUGGAGGACCUGCGGUCCAAGCUGUCCGUCAUCCCUCAGGACCCCGUCCUGUUCUCGGGGACCAUCCGGCUGAACCUGGACCCCUUUGGCCAGCACUCGGACGAGGAGAUCUGGGGCGCCCUGGAGAGGACCUUCCUGAGCCACACGAUCCAGAAGUUCCCGCAGAGGCUGCAGGCGGAGGUGGAGGAGAACGGCGAGAACUUCUCGGUGGGGGAGAGGCAGCUGCUCUGCAUCGCCCGCGCCCUCCUACGCAACUCCAAGAUCGUCCUCAUUGACGAGGCCACGGCCUCCAUCGACACGGAGACCGAGACGCUGAUCCAGCGCACCGUCCGGGAGGCCUUCCGGGGCUGCACGGUGCUCAUCAUCGCCCACCGCGUCGCCACCGUGCUGGCCUGCGACCGCAUCCUGGUCAUGGACAACGGGAAGGUGGUGGAGUUCGACAGCCCCGAGGCCCUGCAGCGGGAGCCGGGCUCCAUGUUCGCAGGCCUGCUCAGGACGGCCACGGCGCUGGGCUGA